CUGCUUCUACCCUCUCUCUCUCUCUCUCUCUCUCUCUCUCUCUCUCUCUCUGUUUGCGAUCUGAUUCGGUUCCAUGGCUUCCACUCUCGGCGACAAUUUCAGCCUCCUCUCGCCGAAACAGCAAGAGCUGGUGAAGAUGCUGUUGGAUAAUGGCCAAGAGCACGUGUUUCGCGAUUGGCCGGGUCCCGGCGUCGACGACGACAAGAAGAAAGCGUUCAUCGAUCAGGUGACUCGGCUGGAUUCCAGUUACCCUGGCGGCUUGCAAGCUUACAUUAAAAACGCUAAACAACUCUUAGCUGAUUCUAAGGCUGGCAAGAAUCCUUUUGAUGGCUUCACACCUUCGGUUCCAACGGGUGAAACCUUGACAUUUGCCGAUGAGAACUUCAUAAAAUACGAGGAGGCGGGUGUUCAGGAGGCUCAGAAAGCUGCCUUUGUUCUUGUCGCUGGCGGUCUUGGGGAGCGCCUUGGAUAUAGUGGGAUUAAGGUUGCUCUUCCUGCAGAAACCACUACUGGGACAUGCUUCUUACAGCAUUACAUUGAAUAUAUAUUGGCACUUCAAGAAGCCAGCUCACAAGGUAAAAACCAGACACAGAUUCCUUUUGUUAUUAUGACAUCUGACGAUACCCAUGGGCGUACCUUAGAAUUAUUAGAAUCAAAUUCUUACUUUGGUAUGCAGCCCAAACAAGUAACGCUUUUGAAGCAGGAAAAAGUUGCAUGCUUAGAAGAUAAUGAUGCCAGGCUUGCAUUGGAUCCUCAAAACAAAUACCAAAUUCAGACAAAACCACAUGGCCACGGAGAUGUGCAUUCUCUUCUCUAUUCCAGCGGUAUUCUGAAAGUAUGGAAUGAUGCUGGGUUGAAGUGGGUUCUCUUUUUUCAAGAUACAAAUGGACUUCUCUUCAAGGCAAUUCCAUCAGCACUAGGCGUAAGUGCUACUAAACAGUACCAUGUCAACUCUCUUGCUGUACCUCGGAAAGCAAAAGAAGCCAUUGGUGGAAUUACCAAACUCACUCACUCUGAUGGGAGAUCUAUGGUCAUAAAUGUGGAAUACAAUCAGCUAGAUCCUCUUCUGAGAGCAAGUGGAUACCCUGAUGGUGAUGUCAAUGCUGAGAAUGGCUACUCUCCCUUUCCAGGAAAUAUAAACCAAUUGAUUUUAGAACUUGGUCCUUACAUUGAAGAACUCUCAAGAACAGGAGGUGCUAUAAAGGAGUUUGUUAAUCCAAAAUAUAAAGAUGCCAGAAAAAAUGAAUUUAAGUCCUCAACCCGACUAGAAUGUAUGAUGCAAGACUACCCAAAAACACUUCCCCCAUCAGCCAGGGUUGGAUUCACAGUGAUGGAUGCUUGGCUUGCUUAUGCACCUGUGAAGAAUAAUGCUGAAGAUGCUGCCAAGGUGCCAAAAGGAAAUCCAUACCAUAGUGCAACAUCUGGAGAAAUGUCCAUCUACCGUGCGAAUAGCCGUAUUCUCAAACAGGUUGGUGUCCAAGUAGCUGAUCCAGUAGUGCAGGUUCUCAAUGGGCAAGAGGUUGAAGUUUGGCCCCGCAUCACAUGGAAGCCAAAAUGGGGUCUGACCUACUCUCGGAUCAAGAGCAAAGUUAGAGGAAAAAGCUCUAUUUCCCAGAGGUCUACUCUGGCGAUUAAGGGUCAAAAUAUUUUUAUUGAAAAUCUGUCCUUAGAUGGGGCUCUUAUCAUUGAUGCUGUUGAUAAUGCGGAGGUUAAUGCAAGUGGUUCAGUUCAGAACAAAGGUUGGACCCUUGAAACUGUCGACCAUAAGGAUUCCAAGGAGCCUGAGGUAUUGAGAAUCAGGGGUUUUAAAUUUAACAAAAAAAUCUUCCUCCUCCUCCUCUGAGCAGGGAAAUUAUUCUUGCGUUUCCAGCUAAUUGUAAAAAAUCAUAAGCUCAUCUGAGUUGGUCCCCCUUCUAAUUGAGCAUGUUAGCUUGCACACGGAGAAUGGGUGAUGUAAAGAUAACCAGGGCAAAAGGCCUUGCUGAUUGUUUCCCAUCCAAUAUAUUCCAGGGACAUUUUAUGCAGCAAUAUUAUCAGUUUGAGACGAGCAA